AUGGCAUCAACAAGAGCUCUCACCUCAAGCUACUCUCUCGCCUCUCUCGUGAAACUCUUCUCGCCAAUGAAUGCCUCUCCGAUUUUGGUUCGUACUCUUCGCACCUGCGCUGUUCCCGAAACCACUUCCGAUUCCGACUGGGAUACACCGGCAAACGAAUCGGACUCAGAACCGGUUCCUACGGAUCCCAACAUUUGUUUUCUGGUGAACCCAUUUCUGAAAGACGGGCCGGCGAUUCCCUACAGAGUGAAGAAAGACGAGGAAGCGAUGUAUGCGAGGUUGGACAUGCCGGGGAUCGGAAAAGAGGGACUGAAACUGUGGGUGGAAGACAACCGUCUGGAGGUCAGGGGAGCGGAGGAGAGUUGCCCGAGGCAGUUCUCCGGCUACAUCAAGCUCCCUCAGGGCUUCUACAAGCCGGAGGAGAUCGCGGCGGAGAUGAAGAACGGCGUGCUCAAGGUCAAGGUCCCAAAGCUCAAGGUCGAGGAUAGGAAAGAUUUCAUCAAUGUGAAUGUCAAAUGA